AACAGUGCCACACAGCAAUUGCAGCCCCUCUCUCCCAAAGCUAAUUUAAUUUUGCUUCGUUCUUCCCAUCCUACACAACACGACAUCGACGCCCUGACCCUGCGGCGAGCGACAUUUCUCAGUGGUCACCGGCCUCGUCCAGAGAUUGAUGGGGUGCAAGUCGUGCCAGAAGCCCAAGGCGCAGCACCGGAAGGGCCUGUGGUCGCCGGAGGAGGACCAGAAGCUCCGCGACUACAUCAUCCGCUUCGGCCACAGCUGCUGGAGCACCGUCCCCGUCAAGGCCGGACUUCAGAGGAACGGCAAGAGCUGCAGGCUGCGAUGGAUCAACUACCUGCGGCCGGGGCUGAAACACGGCAUGUUCUCCGGGGAGGAAGAAGACACCGUCAUGCACCUCCACGCCACACUCGGCAACAAGUGGUCUCAGAUAGCGCAGCACCUGCCGGGGCGGACCGACAACGAGGUGAAGAACUACUGGAACUCGUACCUCAAGAAGCGCGUCGAGGGCGCGCGGUCACCGGCCAAAUCCGCCGCCUCGGACGCGCCGCGGAGCCCGACGCCCAGCAAGAACGAGCAAGAAGGCAGCAUCGUUGACCGGCCGGCGAACUCCGGCUCGUCCGGGCCUCCACCGCUGGAGUCAUCGUCGUCGGCCGACGACUUGAGCUGCCUCACGGGGCCCGGCGCCCUGAUCCGGCCGCACGCGCCCGUGCUCCCCAAGGUCAUGUUCGCGGACUGGCUCGACAUGGACUACGGCACCGCCCUGCUGGCGCCGAGCGCCCUGGACGCGGCCUUCGGCGGCAGGCCGGGCCCGGCGCAGCAUGGCAUGAGCCACCAGGGGUCCGUGCAGGUGGACGGCCCGUGCAGCGGCGGUGGCGGCGUCGUGGACUCGUUUCACGGGCUCGGCGGCGGCGGCAUGUGCUGGGAGUUCGACGCGGACCUAAUGCACAUGCAGGGCGAGGCAGCAGGGUUCUGCGACCUGCUCUCCGUAAGCGAUUUCCUCGGGAUCAACUAGCUUUUGGCGGGACCCCGUCGUGAUCGAGCGGCGAAGUGUUUGAUCCGUUGUCCAUUGUUGUAAAUCAUCGUGCCGUGUUUGUGCAGUUUCGAAAUUAGCAUGUAGCGUAGUAUGUGCAGAGCGUUGGUUCUUCGUAAGAGUUGGUAGCCUGCUCUGGUUCCAUAGAACGUACAGAAAGAAUAACGGGAACAGAGCGCAAAGGAUUUCAUGGUUCGUU